AUGUCAGUACCGACGAUGAACUGGAUUCAGAGGAACCUUGGUAUUGAUUUCACUGGGGAGUGGGCAAAGCAGUUGUCGCUCAAUGUUGGGGGCAUCAUAUUUCUGACGCACCGAGCCACUUUUAGGCCUUUCACUGAACACCCUGUUUUUGGGCCGAUAGUCAAUGGCACGGGGAAACUUACCGAGGACGGCUCUUUUCUCAUUGAUCGUGAUGGGACAACUUUUCGCCACGUUCUCAACUUUCUUCGCACCGGUGCUUUGCUGCUGCCUGAGUCGUUUGAUGAGUGGGAGCUGCUACUCAACGAUGCACGUUUCUUCCAGUUACCGGAGAUGGAGGAGGCCAUCCUGGGGAGAUUUGAAUAUCAGCGGUCGGUUUUUUGCCGCACACUACCACAAGCCAUCUUUGUGCAUUGGUCAGUGGACAGUCAGUCCAAGAAGGGGGUGGUGAUUGUGCCGCAAGUCCCAGCUUUAGUGGUCUCCGAGGAUGGAUCGGAGGUCCACUAUCAGGGGGAAUUGUUGCAGAGCCUCGACGAGUUGGUUACCACCUUGCUCUCAGCAUACGGGUAUGUUAUUCAGCAUUGGAAGGAACAAGAGGGCAAGGUGUUUCUGAGCCUUGACUCCUCGUGA